AUGGGUGUAAAGAAGCCAUAUUUGGCUGUGAUUCUCAUACAAACUAUAUAUGCCGGCAUGAUCUUGCUCUCCAAGGCCGUACUCAGCCGCGGUGCUAUGAACAGCUAUGUUUUCAUGUUCUAUAGACAACUUGUUGGAACUGUUUUCUUAGUUCCUCUUGCCCUGAUUUUCGAACGAAAGAAUGCAGAGCGGCUUUCGUUUGUGAUUUUAUGCAAGAUUUUUAUGCUUGCUUUUCUGGGGAUCACUUUGGCACUGAAUAUUUUUUGUCUCGGCCUUGUUUAUACAUCUGCAACCUUGGGUGCUGCAACAACAAACUGCCUACCUGUCACAACAUUUUUCUUUGCAGUUUUGCUCAGGAUGGAGAAGGUGACCAUAAAGACAACCCCUGGGAUUGCAAAGGUUGUAGGUUUAGCAGUGUGCAUGGCUGGUGUUGCAACCCUUGCAUUUUACGGGGGCCCCCAGUUGAAUCCCUCCAUCCAUUAUCCCUUCCUUGGUAAUAAUCAUGACAUGCAGCAAGAUCACCAAGCUCAUGCUUCUUUUGGCAAAACAUGGAUACUGGGUUGUUUCCUCUUGUUCCUUUCCAUUGUUUCUUGGGGCCUAUGGCUUGUACUUCAGGCUCAGGUUCUGAAAAGCUACCCUUCAAAGCUCAUCUUCACCAGCCUUCAGUGUCUGUUCAGUGCAAGUCAGUCAUUUGUUGUUGCCAUUGCUUUGGAAAGAGAUCCUCAUCAGUGGAAGCUGGGAUGGAAUAUUAGACUUUUCACAGUUGUCUACUGUGGAACCUUGGUUACCGGUGUUUCAUACUACUUACAAGCAUGGGUGAUCGAGAAGAAGGGACCAAUUUUCCAAGCAAUGUCAACACCAUUGAAUCUGAUCUUUACAAUCAUUGGCUCUGUCUUUCUCUUAGGCGAGGUCAUUCGCUUAGGAAGUUUGUUAGGUGGGAUCUUGUUGGCUGUUAGCCUUUACAGCGUUUUGUGGGGAAAAAGCAAGGAACAGAGCGAUGAUAACGGGGGUACUGCUUUACAAGUUCAAGCAGAAAAAGAAUGUGCCGAGUUGAAAGAGACAGAAGUGACCAGCAGUGAGCCAUCACUUUUUGUAUAA